UAGCACCCGGUGGGUAUAAAAGCGAUGGUUGUGGAGAGAAAAAGCCGUACAACAGUUCUUCAACAUGAAUCGACUCGCUUGCGCUUUUGGUGUGAUAUUUGUGGUGGCGACGCUGGAGCUUGUGCUGGCCCAUCCCGGCAAGGAUGUGCUCGGUUGUCAUAAUGGCACAUCGAUAACGGUGGACGAAUGCUGCGCCAUACCCAUGCUGGCCAACAAGACCGUCAUCGAGAAGUGUAAAGCGGCCCACCCGUUUAAGCCACCGCAAAACACCGACGAUAAAGGACCGCGUGGACAUCCGGGUGAGUGCAUCGCUGAGUGUAUUAUGAAGGGUAUGGGUGCGCUCAAGAACGAAAAGGUCGAUGGGCCCGCAUUUAGGAAGGCGAUCGAGCCGGUAGUGAAAGCGAACCCGGCCUUUGCCAAGCUGCUCGACGACACGGUUAAGAAGUGCCAUGAAAGCAUUAACGUUGACUCGGAAUUUACCCGCUACGUGACGAAACCAGUCUGCAAGCCGGAUGCGAAAGCGUUCAUCAACUGCGUGUACGGCACAUUGUUUGAGCAAUGCCCGACGAAUGUGUGGACGCAGAAGGAUGGCUGCACGCAGCUGAAGGACAAGAUCAAGAAGGGCUGCGCGUACUUUGCGCUGCGCAAGCAUGGCGGUCGUCGCAUGCGUCCAACUUAAACCACGAUCUAGCAUGAUCUGAAUCGUUUGCGAUUGUUUUUUUUGUUUGCGCGCUUGUUUGUGUGAAUUGUUAAAAUUAAUAAAACCAAACUACCCCAAAAA